AGAACCGUCAAGAUUCAAAAACCUUUCUCUCCACCUAAAUAUAUCGCGAUAUUUUCCAAACUCUACCGCCAGACAUUUCGAUCCCCCUUUCCACGCUCUUUCUCUCGCUCUUGUUUAUACAAUAUAUAAACCAUAAACGGGUUGCGGCCUCGAGCACAGAAAAAUUUGAAACAAUCUUCGUACUUCUCUCCUUGCACCCAACGCAACCGCCGCCCACCGCCACCACUAUCAUUAAAACCUUGUCUCUUUCACUCGUCUGUAACACCUACUAGGCCAAUUUGGAAGACUGGACGAAAGUGAAGCGCCUUCUGUGUAGGUAGAGAAAUGCAGGUGAUGAGUUCGAAAUCGGCUGUCUCCGUACAUCAAGGUUCCAAUUCUUGCUCCGCUACCGAGUUGGCGGAGAUUGCCGGUAAAUUUGAGGAGGAUUUUAGCUUGAAAUUGAAACUAAAUGAAGCUACAGAAAAUGAAUUAGAGAGCUUAAAGGAUGAGAAACCGCUGCAUGAAGAAGAGAGACAGGUUGAAGAGGAGGACGAGGAGUUUAGUUUUGCUUGCUUGAAUCCUGAUGGAUCGCCGAUAACCGCCGACUGCAUUUUCCAAGACGGUCAGAUCCGUCCCUUUUUUCCUUUGUUCAACAGAGACCUCUUAUUUGCCGAUGAUUCGGAAGCUAAAAGCUCCUCCGUGUCAGCUCUCCGGCUUCCGUUGAGGAAGGUGUAUGUGGAAGAGCGAGUCCAAGCGUCGUCAGCUUCAUCCUCGGAAGCGGAUGAACCGGAGGGGCCGUUCUGCGUUUGGGAAAGGAAAGCCGUCGAGGCGUCCCCGGAGGUCUGCAAAAAAAGCAACUCUACCGGAUUUUCAAAGCUAAGGAGGUUUCGAGAACUGGUACUCCGAAGCAACAGCGACGGAAAGGACGCAUUCGUCUUCUUAAAUCACCAGAACCAUAACAAUAAUCCUUCAAGUAUAACAGAAUCAGCCAGUACCAAAACUAAAAAGGCUAAGGAAAGCGAAAAAGGCGUCGAGAAAAAGCGAACGCCAGUGGCGAAGAACGGAGGAAAGGCACCGUCGGCUCACGAGAGGCUCUACUUGAGCAAUAGAGCCAUGAAAGAGGAGCAUAAACGGAAAUCGUAUCUACCGUAUCGUGUCGGGUUUUUCACUUAUGCAAACGGGCUGACCGGAAAUGUGCAUCCGUAUUAAGUUCGUAGCAGGGAGCCAGGAUCAUUAUCGAGUGUCCACUUUCUUUUCUUUCUUCUACAGACUUAAUUAAUUAAUUUAUUGUUAUUAUUAUUAUUUUAAAAUUUAAACUGUAAAGUGGGUUAUAUAUUAGAAGUUAUGUCCUUCAUAGAGUUGGUUAUAACUGGAAUGAUUCUAUAAUCUUGUGAUUUUGAUGGGCUAGUAUUUAAGCUGAUAUUUUAAUUUUAACUAUAAUUUUCUCCAUUA